GGAUAUGGCGUGUGCUCGGUCCGGCGCUACCGAAGCGAAGGCGAGGGGAGUCAUGGGACCCUUUUCGCACCGCAUCUGCGAAUCACCACAUCGCCAUUUUGUGCGCAACGCCAGUCGUACGGCGCGAUUCCAUGGCCUUCCGGAAGCCAUCGCUACUCGGAGCGAGCAGGCUCAAUCAUGGCCACUAGCCGUACGGCAGGAGGCGGUGGAGGAGACGAGCCAUCAACAUCCGCCGCAGACGACCAGUCGCCCGUGUUGGCCAAGCCUCUGCACCUGCAGCGCAUUGAGCGGGCCGUCAAGCUCGACAGCUUCAUCAGCUUCAUCCACAAUUACUUCUCGACACCCCUCAAUGACGAUGCCGAGGACACGGAGGCCGAGAGCUUGUCGGACAUCGACGAGGACGGCGACGUGCUCAACGGCGGUGGGGGCGAGAGCACCACCCAGUCGGAGACGGACCGGCGCGCCGAGAAGAUGAAGCUGUACAACUUCGACAGCGUCAAGAAGAGCCGGCGCUGGCUCAAGAAUGUGCUGCUCAGCGACACGUCGUCCUCGGAGGAGGACAACUCGCCCACCGAGGACGACCUCCAGGACUGGCUGCGCCUCCACAAGCUGCGUCAGAUUGCCAGGGCUGAGCUCAAUGCCGACCCCGAGUUGCGGCAGUACCAGUACUACGGCGUGGGCAUGCUCUCGCAGCACGACCCGUUCCCCGAGCACCAGAAGGCGUUCCUGGGCAACAAGAAAAAGGCCAAGGAGAAGAGGGCCAUGGAGCGCAAGAAGGCCAAGCUCAAGAGAAUCAAGGUGGAGCCUGAUUAUGACGACGACUCAUUCAACCAGGACAACUCUGAGGGGGAGGCUGCCAGCCUGGAUGACUCGCGCCGCAGCCCGGACAGCAUGUGCGGGGACGGGCCGGGUCCCAACAGCAUGGCCGGUGGAGUGUCGCGACCCCACGGUCGCAAGAAGAGCGCCGCGGCCCAUGAGGCCUCCAUGAAUCUGAAGCGUCGCCGCCUCUGGGUGGCUCUGUCCAAGAAGGAGAUUGCGAGGGCACAGAAGCAGAAAGCGAACGUCCACAAAGAGAUGCUGACGAACGCAAAAAAGUUGGCAGUGGCAUGCCAGCGGGAGGUGCGACGCUCGGCGCUGGGCUCCCAGAAGACUGGGCGGGACGUGGCCGGGGGCCGUGGCCGCAGGCUAGCCCGCGAGAUGUCCCUCUACUGGAAGCGCUACGAGAAGGUCGAAAAGGAGCACCGCAAGAGGGCUGAGCGCGAGGCACAAGAACAGCUGCGCAUGGACAUUGAGCUGCGUGAGGCCAAGAGGCAGCAGCGCAAGCUCAACUUCCUCAUCACGCAGACGGAGCUGUACGCUCAUUUCAUGAGCCGCAAGAUAUCUGGCGGGGGCCCCGAUCUCCGUCAGGACGAGAUUCUUCAGAACCUCGACGAGUCGGCAUCGUGUUCUCGCUCCAGCUCACUCCUGGACGCAGAGGAUGACGAUUAUGAUAAGGAAGUCGUGAAGGCGCAGGCUUUGCACAAUGCAGAGGAAGCAUACAGGGCACACCAGGCUAAGACCGAAGGAUUUGAUGCGGAGGUCAAGUCUCUGAAGGCGCCGACGAGGAAGGUAGCGUCGACGCAGAACGAUCUGAAUGAUGACUUCAGAGUGACGGCUGACCCGAACCUGGCCACGGAAGACCUCUCACAGCCGCACAUGUUUGAAGGAAAGCUAAAGAGCUAUCAACUCAAGGGCAUGAACUGGUUGUACAGCCUCUACGACAAGGGCAUAAACGGAAUCCUUGCCGGAAUGGGCCUCGGCAAGACUGUACAGACCAUCGCCUUCCUGGCCGCACUGGCUGAGGUUCAGAACAUCUGGGGUCCAUUCCUAGUCAUUGCCCCGGCGUCCACGUUGCACAAUUGGCAGCAGGAACUGACCAAGUUUGUUCCCAGGUUCAGGGUGGUGCCGUACUGGGGCAACACGAGCGACCGGAAGGUGCUGCGCCAGUUCUGGAACGGCAUGCACCAGCUGGGCGCGGAGCGGGCCUCGUUCCACGUGGUGGUCACCUCGUACCAGCUGGUGGUGCAGGACGUCAAGUACUUCCAGCGCAUCCACUGGCAGUACAUGGUGCUUGAUGAGGCACAGGCCAUCAAGAGCACCUCCAGUGUCCGGUGGAAGAUCCUGCUGUCGUUCCACUGCCGCAACCGUCUACUCCUCACGGGUACACCGAUCCAGAACACCAUGGCCGAGCUGUGGGCGCUGCUCCACUUCAUCAUGCCAACGCUGUUCGACUCGCACGAGGAGUUCAACGAGUGGUUCUCGCGGGACAUCGAGAGCCACGCCGAGAACAAGUCCACCAUCGACGAGAAGCACCUGUCGCGCCUGCACAUGAUCCUCAAGCCCUUCAUGCUGCGCCGCAUCAAGAAGGACGUCGAGAACGAGCUCUCGGACAAGAUUGAGGUGCAGGUGUACUGCUGGCUGGCGCAGCGCCAGAAGGCCCUCUACCAGGGCCUCCGCAACAAGAUCUCCAUCGAGGACCUGAUGCAGUCGUCGGGCGCCGCCUCCUCUCAGGCGCAGUCGGCCACCUCCUCGCUCAUGAACCUCGUCAUGCAGUUCCGAAAGGUCUGCAACCAUCCUGACCUGUUCGAGAGGAGAGAGGUCCGGUCCCCGUACCACAUGAAGGGCUCCACAUUCGAGCUGUCUCGAUUUCUGUUCUCUCAAGGUGUCCUGAGUGGCUGGAACGAUCACCACAGCCGGUGGUGGCCCAAUGUCUUCCACCCGAGCCACGUACACCACUCCAUCUUCAAGCAGGGGUGAGGACGGCCCGCGAGCGGCUUCUCGUUCUGCCGGUUUGUCGGCCUGUCCCCCGCAGAACUUGCCAAGGUCAUGCUGUGUAGCCUGCUGGAGAGGUUUCUAGCCAUCGUGAAAGAACUCAAGGAGGCACAGCGAAGGCAUCACUGCUAUGUCUGGCACAGGGAUGACAAGGACUCCAGUUCCGGCAGACGGGUGUGCCCGCAGGACCUGCUCGUGAGCCGGCACGCCCCGCUGAGCGCCGCUUCACUGGCGCAGGGCGGCCCGCUGAGCCGGCUGGUGUUUGCCGCGGACCGGCGCUGCUACGGCUUCGCUGACCAACGCAUCCACGCUAUGGCCGAGACAACGGCGCACCGCGAGAUGCGGCGUCGCAAAAUCCGCAGCCCGCGCCAUGCUCACCACCACCACCACCAUCACCAUCACCACCACCAUCACCCCCACGGCGACGGGUCGACUCCCGGCGGCAGUUCAGCGACGACGGCGGUGACACAGUCUACUCCUGUCACACAGCAUCAUGCGACGCCAUCGACGAGUGGGGAAGCCCAGUCUAAGAAGCCGUCGCAUCCUCCACCGGCGAGUCCUCCACCACUGCCGGAGUUUCCACAUCGGCAACGACCGGUUCAGGUUCGGGAGUGCCUUCCUGCGGACUUGCCUAGGUUCCUCGUUUCCUGCGUUCCGCCACGGGUGACGGCCGAGCCCUGGAACAUUGAGUGCCUGUCGAACCGUGCCCUUUGGUGGUGGAAAGGUGUGCAAGCGUGUGGCAGCGCCGAUGCUCAGCGGUGGUGGCGGACCGGCUCGACAAGCCCAGAGCCCCCGACACUGGGAUUCGAACCCCGGGACCCUCCAGAAGGGGGCAUCGCGUCCGCGAGACCGUUCCACGGGUGGUCGCAUAUCUCAAUACCAGACAAGGAGACCCUGGUGACGGACUCUGGCAAGCUCCAAGUGCUGGACCAACUCCUGCGGAAGCUGAAAGCCGAGGGCCAUCGGGUCCUGAUCUACUCGCAGAUGACUCGCAUGAUCGACCUCCUCGAAGAGUACAUGUGGCACCGGAAGCACACAUACAUGCGGCUGGACGGUUCCUCCAAGAUCUCCGACCGGAGGGACAUGGUUGCGGAUUUCCAGGCCAGGUCGGACAUCUUUGUGUUCCUCCUGAGCACGCGUGCCGGCGGUCUUGGAAUCAACCUCACAGCUGCCGACACGGUGAUCUUCUACGACAGCGACUGGAACCCGACCGUGGACCAGCAGGCCAUGGACCGGGCCCACCGUCUGGGCCAGACCAAGCAGGUGACCGUGUAUCGGCUCCUCUGCAAAGGGUCCAUUGAGGAGCGCAUCCUUCAGAGGGCGCGAGAAAAGAGUGAGAUCCAACGCAUGGUGAUCAGUGGCGGCAACUUCAAGCCCGACACGCUGAAGCCCAAGGAGGUUGUGUCGUUGCUUCUGGACGACGCCGAGCUGGAGCGGAAGUUCCGGCAGCGUCAAGAGGAACGGAAGCAGCUUGAGGACAACGUCGAGAAGCCCAAGGAGCGUAAGAGGCGAAGUGACAAAGGGGAGAAGCGGGGUCCACGUAAGAAGAAGCUUGUAGAGCACAACGUGACGACCAGUGCCGCCCCGCUUGCGUCGAUGGCGCCAACGCCGCCCCCCACGCUGCCCUCGCAACAGGACUCCGAGUCUAUCGUCAGCCUCGACUCCAUCCCGCCAAGCCCGUACAGUGAGCGUUCGCUGAGCAGCGUGGCUGUUGCGCAAGAUGACGACAGUAGCGACGGUCCCCUCAUCGUGGACGACGGCAGCCCGUCGAGCACUCCCGUCCCUCCGCUGAACACCUCAGUGGACAGUCCCGGAGUGCCAUCUCCAGGUGGCAAAAAGGGCCGGGGCACAGGUCGGAGUCGGGGUCGGCCGCGAGGGUCGACACGCAGGGGUGGGGCCACGCUGCGCGGCCGGGGAUCUAUGCUGGCGGCCGCCGAGCGAGCCGGAGCCCAAGCCGGAGCGCAGGCUGGCUUCGCAGCCUACGGUUACAGCGUUCCCUGGAACGGUGCGUCGUCGACCGGCGGCACUUCGUCCUCGGCGGCUACGCGUGGCGGCGCUGCGGGCAGCCCGUUCCGUGGCGCCCUCCACCAGCAGCCCGGGCCAUCAUCGAGGCACGGCUCCCCGCGUCCCUGCUUAGGUCAGGCGUCUUCGUCCUCGUCAUCGUCGGGGGCGUCUGGCUCCGCUUCCGGCUCCCAGUCGGCGCUGCAGCAGCACCUCACCCAAAGACCGCUAUAGUCUUCACAGAGUUUCGCGAGAUGCUACUGAAAGCCUUACGACGGCAUCCACGGCUAAUUCGUCGGCCGCAACCGGACCUAUGUUCCGUGAAGUUUAACAAGCUACCCAGACGCACGUGCGGCCGUGUUUUGAAAAAAAGAAGAAACACCGAGAUGACAUGCCUUGGCCCUAGGUCUCUGAACCUGCGUGAGACGUCAUCACGUAACAUUAUUGGCCGUUGGUCUACGAUGGGCGUUAUCGCUCGGUGUGCUCUUGUGAAGUCGGACAGCAGCGAGUUGUGGCUCGUUUAAGUCUUGAGACUUCUGUGUCGUCGUCAAGAAACAUCGUCGACUGGUCUACGCGUGGUUCUCUGUCCCGGCGUACUGUGGCGAAGUCACGGGACUGCAAGUUUGGGGACUUGCGACGUCAUCAAGCAACAUCGUUGAACUGGUGGAUCUGCGCGGGCGCUGUUGGAAAGUGCGGGACCUUUUUGACGUCUUCAAGUAAGGUUGUUGACUGGUCGACGACGAGGCCGCUGUGGAGUAGCGCGAGACCUCUGGGACUUCAUCAGGCAGCAUCGUUAAACUUGCGGACCUGCGCAGGCGCUGUCGGCAAAUGCGGGACCUCUGGGACGUCAUCAAGUAACAGUGUUGACUGGUGGAUGACAAGAGCGCUGUGGAGAAGUGCAAGACCUCUGUGACGCCAUCAAGCAACAUGGUUGGACUGGUCGUCUACGCCAGGGCGCUUUCUCGUUAUAUACAACGGCGCUGAAGUCGCACAAGUGCGUGUAUAGAGUACGCUUGAGCACCCCUUUUUUUUAAUCAUUUUUUUUUUUAAGUUCGUGCCAUAAGUACUGGAAGCCUAGUCCAUUCUGACACCUCUUCCUCAGCGGUGCUAAGCUAGGCUCGUUGUGAUUUUAGCCUGAGGGUAGCUUUGCAAGAUCUUUCAAAUACCGCUGCUGUUGCUUCACCUCUUGUAACAGCAAAAAGAAAAAAAAAAAGCAUUUUGUAAGUGGUAUUGUCUUUUGUAACUCUCGCCGAUGAAGCGGCAAAGUUUUGUUGUUGCCAGAGAGCUGUACAUAAUUUUUUUUUCUUGCUUACAUUGCGUUGAAAAGAAUAAGCUCCUCGUGUCUUGUCCUCCUUGUGUUUGCUCUCUUGAUCAACUCUAAGCUCUUCUGUUCGCCCGGCUAGGCCUAAACGUUUUAGCGCGACUCUCCACUGACGUCACGUCUUUUAGCCUACACUAGCUGGCGUGCACCAAUCCGCUGUUGCAGACGCACGGGUCACGUGAUGGCGUGUUCUGGUAAAGAAACUGACGUCGCUGUUUCGUCACCGCACGUACGCCGCUGUGUCUAUAGAAGUCGACAGAACGAACGUUUCGAAAACGCCCGGCACGUGGUUUCCACAGGAUCUUUCAUUGUUGGAACACUCAUGGAACCUGUUCAGAGUUGGUGGUGCCAACGCCUCCCCCGAAGAUCGUCAGUGUAAAAACAAAAAGAAACAAUGCCCCAGUUGUGACGUGUUCAUGGCCGACCCUAAGGACUAAGUGACCACACUUUUCAUCGCAGAGCUUACGUAAUGUAGUGAGUGUAGUGUCGUCAUAUUGUGACGUCAUUUAUCGAUCCCUUUUCUCAAUGUGAAACAGGGAUGCAUUUUUUUUUGCUGUUUUUCUGUGAUCACGGCGCUUGCAGAACUGAACAAUCAUCAAGUGGCAUUAUAGCACGUACAUCGUUUACAUUUCGUCUCUCAAAGAGCUGCGUUGUGUGUGAAUAGGCCCACGUGAUAAUAUCGUUUCUGAAGUUGCAUUGUGUUGUGCAAGACUUGUGCAUGCGAAGCCCCCCCCCCCCCCCCUCUGUUUUUUUCUUCCGUGCAUAUCAUGCUUGCACAAAAUGCACCAGCGCCUGUUGAUUUGCUCUAAAAACUAAGUGAUCAGCUGUGUGCCUAAAAAAAAAAAGAAUUUAGGGGAGUAAACAUUCGCAUCUGCUUCAUUAUCGGCAUUAAAAAAAAUAUAGCAGUUAAAGGCCUGAAAGCGACGCCAUGUGAUGGCUCCGCACGUGCGGAAGUAAUUGAAAGCCGCGUUUAACAUAAAGAUUUGGAAGUAGCAGUAAGGCUUAAAUUGUACUAUGUGACGUCGCUACGAAGAAUUGGGGCUUAAACUGUGACGUCGAAAUAGCCGAGAAUUUCGCUCUGAAUUUCGAGAGAGAAAAAAAGUCAGUGUAUAUGUAGCGACACUAUUAAAAACCACUCGUACUGUAAAUAAUAAAAUUUACUUCCGAAACAGACUUCGUUCUACGCGAUUUACUACGUAUACGUGUUACUGACAGCUGUUUCCGGGAGUUAUAGAAACGGAUCUCGAAGGCCACGCUCUCUUCUCUACACCUAGCAUUCGUAAAGAACCGGUGACGUCAUGGCCGCCACAUUUUUGGGACGCCCAUCUUCAUUAAAGAAUGCAGGUUGUGUUUGCUGCUUGGACUGUGAAAUCUAGGAAGCCCAGUUUCGAACCAAGGAGCUCAACGGAGGUGGGGUGCAACAUGAUGUUAGUCUC